GCGUUGACUGUCCUUCCUCUGUAGACUUGUUUUUGUAAGAUCGUACCCUCUGCAUGUAGCUGGCUAGCCCGUUAGCUAAAUAAGGAGCAUUUAACAGAUUCACAUAGCAAUUUUGAACAACGGAUUUUUGUUGCCACCUUUGACUAACUAGCUUCCAAAUAAUGGUGAGCAAGACAGAUGACAUCCCGGCGUCAGUACCCAACUGUAAUGUUAACACAGUUGAUCUUGUAGGAGAGACGCCAGACCGCAAAGAGACUACCAAGGCACCACACAAGGACCCUUGUGGGCACAGUGUAGACACAGCGGUGAUGAAUGGGGGUGGGGCCCACAAUCUUUCGGAGGAGGAGUCCAAGCAGGAUGGGGCUGGUGACACAGACGGUGGGGAGGAUUCUAACGAACAGGAAGUGAUUGUGAUUCAGGAUACAGGUUUCACUGUGAAGAUCCAGGCACCCGGGACGGAGCCUUUUGACCUCCAGGUUUCACCCCAGGAGAUGGUGCAGGAGAUCCACCAGGUGUUGAUGGACCGUGAGGACACCUGCCAUCGUACCUGUUUCUCCCUGCAGCUGGACAGCAACGUGCUGGAUAACUUUGCUGAGCUCAAAUCUAUCGAAGGCCUGCAGGAGGGCUCCCUGCUCAAAGUAGUGGAAGAGCCCUACACAGUGCGCGAGGCCCGUAUCCACGUGCGUCACAUCAGAGACCUGCUGAAAGGCCUGGACCCGUCUGAUGCCUACAACGGAGUGGACUGCAACUCCCUCUCCUUCCUCAGCGUCUUCACCGACGGGGACCUGGGAGACAGUGGUAAGCGGAAGAAGAAGGGCAGUGAGCUGGAGCAGAUAGACUGUACCCCUCCAGAACACAUCCUGCCUGGCAGUAAAGAGCGCCCCCUGCUGCCUCUCCAGCCACAGAACAAGGACUGGAAGCCCAUGCAGUGCCUGACGGUCCUGACUAUGAGUGGCUGGAACCCCCCUCCUGGCAACAGGAAGAUGCAUGGUGAUCUCAUGUACCUGUAUAUGGUGACUGUUGAGGAGAGACACAUCAGUAUCACCGCCUCUACACGUGGCUUCUACCUCAACCAGUCGACCACCUACACCUUCAACCCUAAGCCAGCCAACCCCAGCUUCCUCAGCCACUCGUUGGUUGAGCUGCUGAGCCAGAUAAGCCCUGCCUUCAAGAAGAACUUCACUGCCCUGCAGAAGAAAAGGGUUCAGCGGCAUCCGUUUGAGAGGAUAGCCACACCCUUCCAGGUGUACAGUUGGACCGCCCCCCAGGUGGACCACACCAUGGACUGUGUCAGAGCUGAGGACGCUUACACCUCCCGUCUGGGCUACGAGGAACACAUACCUGGACAGACACGAGACUGGAAUGAGGAGCUGCAGACGACCAGAGAGCUGGCCCGGAAGAACCUGCCUGAUCGCCUGCUGAGAGAGCGGGCCAUCUUCAAGGUCCACAGUGACUUUGCGGCUGCUGCCACUCGCGGUUCCAUGGCGGUGAUCGACGGCAACGUGAUGGCCAUCAACCCUGGCGAGGAGACACGUAUGCAGAUGUUCAUCUGGAACAACAUCUUCUUCUCCCUGGGCUUCGACGUCCGUGACCACUACCGCGAGCUGGGCGGGGACGCUGCCGCGCACGCUGCUCCCACCAACGACCUCAACGGUGUCCGGGCUUACGGGGCCGUAGACGUGGAGGGGCUGUACACCCUGGGGACAGUGGUGGUGGACUAUCGGGGUUACCGUGUCACGGCCCAGUCGAUCAUCCCUGGUAUUCUGGAGAGAGAGCAGGAGCAGAGCGUUAUCUACGGGUCUAUCGACUUUGGGAAGACAGUGGUGUCUCAUGGGAAGUACCUGGAGCUUCUGGAGAGGACCAGUCGACCACUCAAGGUCCAGAGACACAAUGUACUGAAUGAGAAGGAUGAGUCCAUGGAGCUGUGUUCCUCUGUUGAGUGUAAGGGCAUAAUCGGCAACGAUGGACGCCACUACAUCUUGGACCUUCUGAGGACAUUCCCCCCUGACCUGAACUUCCUGCCUGUGGAAGGGGAGGAGCUUUCCCCUGAGAGUGUGAGACAGGGUUUCCCACGCCAGCACCGCCACCGUCUGGCCUGCCUCCGACAGGAGCUCAUCGAGGCCUUCGUUGAGCACAGAUACCUCCUAUUCAUGAAGAUGGCAGCGCUCCAGCUUAUGCAGCAGAAAGCCAACAAGGAGCGCAAGCUGGCCACUCUGACAGAGAAUAGCAGCCCUGGGACAGCCGUUCCAGCCCUGCCCUCCACAGAGACCCCCGAUGCCUCGGCCGAGUCCUCAGAAACUUCCACAGAAACCCUCACUGACGCCAACUCAGACGCAGUCCAGACGGAGACCACCUCCACCUCUGAUGCCCCUCAGGCAGCAGCAACAGAAGCCACCACCACAGAAGCAGCCCCCAAGACAGAGCCAAUGACAGAAACAGACAGUUCAGCUACAACAACCACUAAUGCCUCCCAGGCAACCCCUAUAGAAGAUAAUGUGGUUCCCACUGUGACCACCAAUGGGCCGUUGGUGCCCUUUGCCAAAGCAAUUCAGAACGGGGAGUGCGAGAGCCCUCUGGAGGGUAAGGCUGAGGAUAUUAUCCCGGGCUUAGCCCAGGCGAAAGAGCUGGCUGAGUCCUUAGCCGCGGAAGACGGAUCCGGUAUCGACCCUAAAAGCCGAGAGGUGAUCCUCAACGCCUGCAAGGCCGUGGGUUCCAUCAGCAACACCUCCUUCGACAUCCGCUUCAACCCAGACAUCUUCUCUCCAGGAGUGCGUUUCCCUGAGGACAGUGCGGAUGACAUUCAGAAACAGAAGCAGCUGUUGAAGGAUGCUGGAGCCUUCCUGGUGUCCUGUCAGAUCCCGUCUCUGGUAAAGGACUGUCUGGACCACAGUGCUCUGCCCAUGGAUGGAGCCACGCUGACCGAGGCGCUGCACCAGAGGGGCAUCAACGUGCGUUACCUAGGCAACGUGCUGACGUUCGUGGACAAGACCCCAGCCAAGGCACAGCUGGAGCACUUCUAUAGAAUAGGUAUCAGUGAGUUAAUCACCAGAUGUGCGAAACAUAUCUUCAAGACAUACCUCCAGGGUGUUGAGUUGUCGGCCCUCUCCGCCGCUGUCAGCCACUUCCUCAACUGCUUUCUGUCCUCCUUCGAUGCCGUGGCACACCUGCCUGCCGACGAGCUCGUGUCGCGCCGCAAGAACCGUAAGCGCCGUAACCGCGUCCCGGGGGGAGGGGACAACACUGCGUGGGCCAGCCUGACACCCAGCGAGCUGUGGAAGAACAUCGUCUCUGAGGCCCAGAGCUACUACCACUUCACCCUGCACUGCGAGAAUGCCGACCAGGUAGUGGAGAAAUACGGCCUUCAGAAGAUCACCCUGCUCAGAGAAAUCUCCAUCAAAGCUGGCAUCCAGAUCCUGAUAAAGGAGUAUAACUUUGACAGUCGCCACAAGCCUGCCUUCACAGAGGAGGACAUCCUUAACAUCUUCCCUGUGGUGAAGCACGUCAACCCCAAGGCCUCCGAUGCCUUCCACUUCUUCCAGAGUGGACAGGCCAAGGUCCAGCAAGGUUACCUGAAGGAGGGCUGUGAGUUGAUCAACGAGGCUCUGAACCUGUUCAACAACGUGUACGGGGCCAUGCACGUAGAGAUCUGUGCCUGCCUGCGUCUGCUGGCUCGCCUCAACUACAUCAUGGGAGACCACCACGAGGCUCUCAGUAACCAACAGAAGGCUGUCUUGAUGAGUGAGAGAGUACUGGGUGUCGAGCACCCCAACACUAUCCAGGAAUAUAUGCACUUGGCUCUGUACUGCUUUGCCAACGGUCAGCUGUCCACUGCCCUGAAGCUGCUGUACCGUGCUCGCUACCUCAUGCUGAUGGUGUGUGGGGAGGACCACCCCGAAAUGGCGCUUCUAGAUAGUAACAUUGGCCUGGUGCUGCACGGAGUAAUGGAGUACGACCUGUCUCUGAGGUUCCUGGAGAACGCCUUGGCCAUCAACUCCAAAUACCAUGGACCCCGCUCCCUCAAAGUAGCCCUCAGUCAUCAUCUGGUUGCAAGGGUUUACGAGAGCAAGGCAGAGUUCCGCUCUGCGCUCCAGCAGGAAAAGGAGGGCUACACCAUCUACAAAAACCAGGUGGGAGAGGCCCACGAGAAGACUAAAGAGAGCUCCGAGUACCUGAAGUACCUCACACAGCAGGCUGUGGCUCUGCAGAGAACCAUGAACGAGAUCUACAAGAACGGCUCCAACGCCAGCAUCAUGCCACUCAAGUUCACAGCUCCCAGUAUGGCCAGUGUUCUAGAGCAGCUCAAUAUCAUCAACGGCAUCAUCUUUAUACCCCUCAGCCAAAAGGACUUGGAGAACCUGAAGGCGGAAGUCCAGCGGCGGCAGCAGCUUCAGGAGUCAGGGAAGAGCGUGGAGGAUCUCACUGUGGAUAGUCCACUAGAGCUGGAGGACAAAAUACCCAUGGACGUUAACGUUGAUUAACGUCAAACCCUCCACACCACACUACUUUCUGCAAGGGAGAGGACGUGAUGCAACUGCCAUCUUCUUGAAUGAGCAUGGGGACCCGAGAACUGAGCUGUCUAAAAAUCAACAAUGAUAACAAAAGGGGUGAGGGGCAGACAAAGAGAAACAUCUAUGUAUAGAGUUUAUAAGAGGAACUUCAAGGAGUAACAGAGCAGGGGUUACAGUAUAUACAGGUGUAGGAGAAUACAGAAUCCAUGUUAACAUGUUCAGUCUGAAAGCCUAUGGCCUCGAGAGCUUUGGUAAAGAAGCAGAACGAAUGUAAACUUGAUAUCUGCUACUGUGUAAGUGUGUGAGAAGGCGAUCAAGGACGACCAUGACAUUGUAUUACCAGAGCCUUAUCCACUGUUCAUCCCACUCCACAUCAACCAACUGUUCCCCCUACCCAAGGACCAUUUUUUACACCUCAAACUCCUGAAAAAGCCACUGAGGCAACUACAACUUCCAAUUUCACCAUGGCCCCACGUUGCCUCGAAAAUAACAUCUGACACCCUGUCCCAAAACUCAGGGGAUUAUUUUUUUUUUUUUUUACUGUGUGCUAGGUGAGAUUAAAGUCACUAAACUUGAGAGAUUUCUCUGUUUUGGGCCACAAAAUGUAAACUCCCUGCUCUUGCGUUUAGUCUUGUUAAACCUCCCCACCAAUCACCCAUUUACUCUUUAGUGUUCCCUAUGGUCAGUCAAAAUGUAUUUGUAUUUCAUGGUUUUAUCAUGAGUUGCUGCUGUGUCCGUUGGUUCUAUCGCAGCAAAACAGACAGUGACGCAUGUAUGCUCUCAAUCAAUCUUUUGAUUGUUACACCUUUUUUGUGUACAAUUUUCUUUUUGUAAAAGCAAAAUGGAAACGAGGGAGACGCCAUUUUUAGGUCUGUCAUUUAUCCAUUAAUUUAACGGUAGAGUCAGCGAUAUGAUGUAGGUGCACAAAGUAAACGGCGUAGUGGGUCAAUUUCCGCAACAACUAGGAGCGUUGAAGCACAAGGCUAAACUCACCCACUGUUUUAGUCCCGUACCUACCACACUCGAACAGUUUGAAGCGAACCCAUGCGCUGAUACUGUGGGAGCAAAGUCAAGCGCCUCGCUCAUUGCAUUAUCUGCGGUGUUGCUCGUGGCAACAUCAUUUCACUGAGUCUACCUUUAAGCCAUGUCUGUUUUUAUAGAAAAUAUGAGUGGAAAAGAUGUAUAAAUAAAUCCGUCUAUGGGGUUUAGACAGGUAUUUGAUCAAUGUUGAUGGAAAUACAGAUAUGAAACAUACAACUAUGGCUUGAGCAGUAGACCUAUAUAGGUCUCUUAUGUUAGAUGUGUCCAGUCUUCUAUUUUUCCACUUUGAAAGUAUAUGUGCAUGUAUGUUUUUGUUUCUGUGUUUGUGUAGUCCGAGAGAAGGAAUAAGAUAUGGCCAUGAUGAAUUUGACACUUGCAGCUUCGUAGUAUAAUGACUAGGUUGGGUAAGACACAACUUUCCAAAUGUUUUAUAUGCAAUGGCUGUGUUUACACAGGAAGCCAAAUUCAGAUAUUUUGUCCAAUUAUUGGCAAAAGGUCUGAUUGGUCUAAAGAACAAUUAGUGGCAAAAAGAUGAGAAUUGGGCUGCCCGUGUAAACGAAGCCAUGGUAAAACCAUGGGACGGCUAAUGCAAACUUCCAUUCUCAUGUAACAUUCUUGGCCAGCAAUGUUGUAAAUCUGCUCAUAUGAAGUGGGUAUAUGAGAAACUCCCUAUCAUUCGAUAGAAUAGACUAAACCAUGGCCAUAGACUUGUUCAUUGUUUGUCUGUUUCAAAAUAGUAAACUGUUAUGUUUCCAUUGUUUGGUAAACCCAUUCAACAAGUUGACAGUAAAUCGGGCCGCAGCAGGCGAUGUAUGAACAAAGUUUCCUCGUCAGUAUUGAGUCCACUUUCCAGUGCUGUCUGUCUGAAUGCAUACACGCACAGCAACACCAAAAGUGCGUUGAGAAGGGCUUCUUCAAUAUACCAAAGAAGACUACUGAUCGAGGUGUGUGUUUUGUGUGCGCUUGUGUACGACCCUCCCUUGCAAAUGUCUUUCUAAAAAUUGUUGCGGUGUCUAAAUGUAUGUGAUUAAAGCAAUAGAAACGAUGCUGGAACUGAUCCUUUUGUAGUGCUGCACUUGUGUGGCUGCACAAACUGCUGUCAUUGUAAGUGAAAGGCUGUUGCCAAGAGAGGGAACAGAACAGUUACUGUAAUGAAUGUCUUGAUUAUUAUGCUCCUAAAAAGCUGGGACAAUAGAACUUUGUGUGUGAUUUGUGCCUAUUUAUGCUUUUCAAAACGUUUUAACAUGUUUUUCUGGUUUCUUUAAAUUUUUGCUCAUGUUUUUCAUAGGGAUAUCAUUGGUUUCCUUUUUGAAAUAUGUAUAUCUGCAUUUCCUUCUCAGGUUCAACUUCCUCCAUGAAUGUCAGUCCGGUCUUGCAUUACACUUAGUGGCCAUGGGGUGGUGCUCUAGAGUACUUCAAAAACAAAUGAGAAGGAUUUAUUCGUGUGAAAUAAUUUUGUUCCAUACGGAUGUUCACAAGCAUAUCUCAAUGCUAGUGUGUAACUAUUCCAUAUGCUUCUCAUUCACUGGACGUUGAGGAAAGAAAAAAAGUAUUUGAUGAAAUUGUGACGAUAUGAACCCGAAAAAUUUCAAAGACUACUGCUUGAUGAACAUUGAACUUGUUGAAACCUUUACAAAAGACUGUUGUAUGAGAUUUUGGCCAUUUCUGAUAGAAUAAACUCAUUUAGAGUGAUCAAAAAUACUUUUGUCUGCCUCGAGACAUCAUUUUUUUUUUACCAUGGAUCAUAAUCAUGCGACUUCUAUUUAAUCACAAAGGCACUAAUUAUUGUUGGAGUUCAGCUGCAAUUCUGUUCUAAUUGCGUCAUAAUAUACCUCUUGAUACAUUCAAGUAAUUGCAUGAGAAACUGAUUUGACUGUUCUUUAGAUGUUCAACAUUUGGAGACAUUCAGAAUUUAAAGGACAUCCAUCCAUACAAACCAAGGGGUUUACAUAAGAUGAAGCAAUAUGUAAUUUCAAUGCUCUGGAAAUGAAAAUGUUUAAUAUUGACAAAAUUAUACAUUGUCUUCAGCUUUGAUAAAAUAAACUGGAGGUCUGUCACUCCCUACUGAAUUAAU